CACUUGUCAUCCAACUUUUUUCAAACAACGUCUGUAACGGAUAUCUGUGCUUCAUUUAGCCUCGUGGGUUGAAAAAGUAUAACCCAGUUACCCCCUGCACUGAGUUUGGUGCGAAGCAACAAGUUGGGUCUUAUGUGGGUUGAUAGCAGCUGCUAGCUUUAGCCGGCUGUUUGCUUUAGGAAGACCUGCUUGAAAAUCUCAUUGUGAUUUCAUGUCCCCGUGUUGAAUUUCGUUAAAGUUUGAAGCCGCAAGUGUGUUAACAGUUGUUGAGCGGCCACGUUGAGCUGGUUGUGUUUGUAGUCGGUUGCUUAAUUGUAGCCACAAGCACUGUGAGCAUGUGUCAUCCAUUCUUACUGUGUCUGAGUCUGAUACAGCAUGAGCGUGUACGUACGUGUCAUCCAAUGUGACUUCGUAUGUCGGCUUUCCUUAGUGUGCUUCUUUAACUCACUCCAGCAAUGUGACACAUGAAGAGACGUCAUUCAUAUGUGUGUUGUCGUUUGUGUAUGUGGGUUAUUUACACACUUGCUUUGCACUGUCACUGUUUCUUUUGUGUGUGUGUGUGUGUGUGUGUGUGUGUGUGUGUGUGUGUGUGUGUGUGUGUGUGUGUGUGUGUGUGUGUGUGUGUGUGUGUGUGUGUGUGUGUGUGUGUGUGUGUGUGUGUGUGUGUGUGUGUGUGUGCGCGCCAACCAGAAAUGUGUGUUUGUGUACAAGUCACAUCUGGUUGUGUAUUGUGCAUGCGUGCAAACCAAACUCUCCCAGUCGCGUGCUUGUUUCUAAGUGGUCUAAAUGUGCACACGCGUGCUUGCUCUCUUGCUGUGCAUUUGCCUGCUAUUUUGGUUGCGAGUAUGUCUUUGGGCAAUAGUUUCUAGCCGUGUGAAAUUGUGUAUGUGUUGUCACAAAGCAUAUCCUGUAAAUAUAUGUGCAUUACGCAACAUAAUUGUGUGUGUGAGUGCAAGCUUGCAUGUGUGUCAGCCACUAUGUGUGUGUGUUUUCCAGUGUGCCUCUGCUGCUGCAGGAUUGCUGGACACUUGCUUUUGGAUAGUCUUUAAUAGCAUCCUCAUUUGUGUCUCCUGUGUACAGAUCUGCUGCUGUCAUGAAGCCACUCUGACUACAGAGAAAUGAGUGCAAGGAGAAGAGGCGGGAAGCCCAACAGAGGAGGAGGGAGAUUUAACAAACCUCGCGGUGGAGGGGGAGGAGGUGGCGGCGGCGGAGGAGGAGGAAGAAAGACAGCAGGUGCUUGUCACUGGGAUGAUGACGAUGACGACUUCAGUCUCGACCUUGGUCCUCGGCGUCCCAGCAAGCCUGCUAGAGGUCGGGGUGGAGGAGGAGGUGGAGGGCGAGCAGGGUUCAGGGGUGUCACUCAUGGAAGAGGAGGAAGAGAUGGAGAGUCUGGUCGGGGCAGUGGCAGGAAUCUGCCCAGGGCUCUGGCCAGAACCUCAACGUACCCACAACCCAAGGAAGGCUCCAGAGUGGAGACAAGCUCAAUGCCACUGCAGAGGAUUUUCAUGACCAAUGAGAACCAGGAACAGCUUAAAGAACUGCUGUGGCACCUGCAGAACCAGGACUUGGAGGAGCCGGAUGAAUAUGGUUCUGACUGCUCUGGGAACGUGCAGGAGGAGGAGUAUGAUGAGCUGGACCUCCGUGAGGAAGGUCAGUUCUGGUCCACCCAUGACGAGCCCGUGGAGAGAGCUGAAACUCCAGAUUACGACCCAGACUGUGAAGAGCGACCACCACCUGAACCUGUCGUCUCGUUGUUCGCUAUCGGCAAACUGUGCAGGUUUGGUUUCCACAGAGAGCGCAGCAAGCUGGCGCUGGAGACGAGCGGAGGGGAAUUUGGGACGACACUGGAACAUCUGCUGCGACAGGUUUACACCGAGCGGUUCGGCAAGGAGGCGGUGUCGCCCGUUGGGUCUGACCCUCGGUCCACGGACGAGGGUUUAGCUCAGCGGCAGGAGGAGGCUCUGGCGCUGGACGCCAUAUAUGGUGACCGUUUUCAUGAGCGCAUCGCCAACACGGUGUGGACUGUGACGCUUGACCUCAUGUUCUUUUCUGACGCGGCUAUGAAAAAUGAACUUGGGAGCAAAACUGAGAGCCGUGCUGACAAGGCUGGUGCAGUGUGCCGCUUCUUUCUCAAAGGUCAAGGGUGCAGGUUUGGGAACAGGUGCAAGUUCAGACACCAGCUUCCUGCCAAAGAACAGUCUGGCUGUGGAGGGUCGGAUCUGACCGGUCCUGGACGCCCGGGUGUGAGCAGCUUCUCUCCACUGGAGUAUGAGAUUGAGAUCCGGUUCCCAAAAGGGAACUGUUACCCCUUCCAGGCACCGCUCGUGGCCUUCAGCACCAACGAUGACUCCAUCAGUGGGGCGGCGAGACUCCACAUCACAGAGGCGUUGUUUGAGCUGGCAAUGUCGGCAGCAGAGCGCGCCGAGCCUGUCGUGUACUCCCUGAUCAGCCUGUGUGAGGACGAGGGGACCAUGAGGGACUUGUUGUCCCAAAGUCAUCACAAGUACAGCUCUCCACUGCCCGUCAUUGCCCCCCCUGCAGCACCUCUCUCCUCUUUUAGCGUGGUGAAGAACAAGAGGGUGUGGGAGGAAGGCAGGAGCAGCAGGAGAACAUCCCCUCCUCAACCUCCUGCAGAUGCAAAUAAGAUGAGUGAACUAGAUGGGGGGGAAGAGGGAAAUGAGGAGGAGGAGGAGGAAGAAGAUGAUAACGCCAUUGUGGUGGAGAACGAGAGCUAUGUCAAUCUGAGGAAGAAGAUGGCAAACAAACACAGCGUGAAGAUGGAUAAUAUUCUGCAAGAAAAUGGCAAACUGUGUCGGGAGUUUCGGAGGAAGCAGACCUCCAGGAGCUUCAGGUCUAUGCUGGAACAGAGGACCAAACUUCCAGCCUGGAGUGAACGGGACAACAUCCUGGACCUGCUGCAGUCCUCCCAAGUCCUGGUGGUCAGCGGGAUGACCGGGUGUGGAAAGACCACCCAGAUCCCCCAGUUCAUCCUGGACGCAUCCCUGAGCGGGCCAGCCUGCGACGUGGCGAAUAUCAUUUGCACGCAGCCGCGUCGCAUCUCCGCCAUCUCUGUGGCCCAGCGUGUAGCUCAGGAAAGGGCAGAGAGUCUGGGCAAGUCAGUGGGAUACCAGAUCCGCCUAGAGAGUGUCCAGUCGGUGGCCACCAGGCUGUUGUAUUGCACCACUGGCGUUCUGCUGAGGAGGCUGGAGGGGGAGUCGGACCUGCCUGGUGUCACACACAUCAUCGUGGAUGAGGUUCACGAACGCACAGAGGAGAGCGACUUCCUGCUGUUGGUUUUGAAAGACCUGAUCGUUCAGAGACCCGACCUGAAGGUGGUUCUGAUGAGCGCCACACUCAACGCUGACCUCUUCUGUCAGUACUUCGACAACUGUGUCAGCGUCCACAUCCCAGGGCGAACGUUUCCUGUCGAUCAGUUUUUCCUGGAGGACGCUAUCUCCAGAACUGGCUACGUGAUGGAAGACGGAAGUCCGUACAUGCGCUCAGAGAAGCGCGGCACCUCUGGUGGACGAGUGGUGCAGUCCAGGGAUGCGGUGGACGACCUGGGGGAUGACGUGUGGAACUUCAUGUCUCUGUGUAAGAAGGACUUUGUCAAGGACUCCAUUCCAGACCAGCAGUUGGGUCUGCACGAGCUCCAGCUGCGAUACCAAGGCACAAAGAAGUCGGUGCUGAAGACAAUGGCAUCGUUGGACCUGGACAAGAUCAACAUGGACCUGAUCGAGAGUCUGCUAGAGUGGAUCGUGGAGGGGAAACACGACUACCCUUCAGGUGCUGUUCUUGUUUUCUUGCCGGGCCUGGCUGAGAUCAAGAUGCUGUACGAGCAGCUGCAGUCCAACAGGAUGUUCAACAACAGACACGCAAGCAGAUGCGUGGUCUACCCGCUCCACUCGUCUCUGUCCAAUGAGGAGCAGCAGGCCGUCUUCAAUCGACCGCCAGAAGGCGUCAUUAAGAUCAUCAUCUCCACCAACAUUGCAGAGACUUCUGUGACCAUCGACGACGUGGUUUACGUCAUCGACUCGGGCAAGAUGAAAGAGAAAAGGUACGAUGCCUCCAAGAGCAUGGAGAGUCUGGAGGACAUGUGGGUGUCGCGGGCCAAUGCGCUACAGAGAAAGGGCCGUGCUGGACGCGUGGCGUCGGGCGUCUGCUUCCACCUCUUCACCAGCCACGCCUUCAAGCACCAGCUGGUGGAGCAGCAGCUACCUGAAAUCCAGAGAGUCCCACUGGAGCAGCUUUGCCUCCGCAUCAAGGUCCUGGACGUGUUUUCUGAGCAGCUGCUCGAGUCGGUCUUCUGCCGUCUCAUCGAGCCUCCAGCCACAGGAAGUCUAGAGGCGGCGAAGCGGAGGCUGCAAGACCUGGGUGCUUUGACGGCUGAGGAGAAGUUGACGCCGCUGGGCUACCACCUCGCCUGUCUGCCUGUCGACGUACGCAUCGGAAAGCUCAUGCUCUUUGGCGCCAUCUUCCGCUGCCUGGACCCUGCACUCACCAUCGCCGCCAGUCUUGCCUUCAAGUCGCCAUUUGUGUCUCCGUGGGACAAACGUGAGGAGGCGAACGAAAAGAAACUGGCUUUUGCAGUGGCCAGUAGCGACCACCUGGCUCUGCUCCAGGCCUACAAGGGAUGGUGCUGCGCUGCCAAGAGCGGCCACCAGGCUGGAUAUCUGUACUGCAGGGAGAACUUCCUGUCCUGGAGAGGACUGCAGGAGAUCUCCAGUCUGAAGAGGCAGUUCACUGAGUUGCUGUCGGACAUCGGCUUCAUCAAAGAAGGUCUGCGAGCUCGACUCAUCGAGAGGAUGAGCUCCAGUGGAUCAGACGGAGUUCUGGAGGCAACUGGACCUCAGUCGAACCUCAACUCUGAAAACGUUCGUCUCAUGUCGGCGAUGCUCUGCGCUGCCCUCUACCCCAAUGUGGUGCAGGUGCGCUCACCUCAGGGAAACUACAAGCUGACUAGUAAAGGAGCUGUGAAGAUGCAGCCCAAAGCAAACGAGCUCAGAUUCCUCACCAAGCACGAUGGCUGUGUCCACGUCCAUCCGUCCUCCGUCAACUACACGGUGCGCCACUAUGACAGCCCGUACCUUGUCUACCAUGAGAAAGUUAAGACCAGCCGGGUCUUCAUCCGCGACUGCAGCAUGGUGUCGGUCUACGCUCUGGUCCUGUUUGGUGGCGGACAGGUCAAUGUGGAGCUGCACAAGGGAGACUUCCUGCUCUCCCUGGACGACGGCUGGAUCCGCUUUGCCGCUGCCUCUCAUCAGGUAGCCGAGCUGGUGAAGGAACUGCGUUGGGAGUUGGACCAGCUGCUGGAGGACAAGAUCAGGAACCCACUCAUGGAUCUGAGCAGCUGCCCACGAGGGUCUCGCAUCAUUGACAUGAUUGUGCGCCUUGUGUCCACACAGUGAUCGACACACUGGCUCACCCACACACACACAUUUGUUAUUUAUUUCUGAAGCUUGAGUGACUGACAAAGUCUGCAUGAGGACUAAGCGUCCUGGUGUCACUGAAUGUACCUGAAUAUUCCCAAUGAUGUCACUUCCUGAAGGGCUCCGACGCUGCAUGAAUAAUAAAGAGCUGAAGACAAAGGUUUCUUCUUUCUACU